AAGCGCGCGGUUAUUUACGUUAACCUGUUUGCUUUUUUAUUUCGCGUUUUGAAGUAUUCUAAAGACUUCACGCUAUUUAUAACGGUUUGCGUUUGCAUUUCUAAAAUUAAAUUCGGUCCGCCUGCCCCCGAACACCAGACGGCUAGCCGUAGUCACACGCAGUUAGCUUGCAUGCUACAUAACAAGUUAGCUUGCAUGCUACAUAACAAGUUAGCUAACGUUAACGCACUACGGACCAUCAAGCCCCUGCCCCUUCGAGAACGCUUCCAGGAGCGGGCGGUGCGGACUAACGUUAGCUAACGCUGCUAAAACGGAUCCAGCGUCACACCGACGCUGAUAGAAAAACACGGAAGAUGCCAGUGAGACGGACCUUGCCAAGCACGACGAGGACGACUAUGUUGAAAUCAAAGAGCAAAUGUACCAAGACAAACUGGCCUCUCUGAAAAGACAGUUGCUGCAAUUACAAGAAGGUACGCUGCAGGAGUAUCAGAAGAGGAUGAAGAAGCUCGACCAGCAGUACAAAGAGAGACUCCGAAAUGCCGAUCUGUUUCUCCAACUUGAGACGGAGCAGGUGGAGAGGAAUUACAUCAAGGAGAAGAAGGCAGCGGUCAAAGAGUUUGACGAUAAAAAGGUUGAGCUGAAGGAAAACCUAAUUGCAGAGUUGGAGGAGAAGAAGAAGAUGAUCGAGAACGAAAAAUUAACAAUGGAGCUGACAGGCGACUCGAUGGAGGUGAAACCCAUCAUGACCCGGAAGCUGAGGAGGCGGCCCAACGAUCCGGUCCCGAUACCCGACAAGCGGAGAAAACCUGCACCAGCUCAGCUAAAUUAUUUGUUAACAGAUGAUCAGAUAAUGGAAGAUUUAAGAACACUUAAUAAGCUUAAAUCACCAAAGCGGCCAGUGUCUCCCUCGUCCCCAGAGCACGUCCCCUCGGCCCCCAUGGAGAGCCCCUCCCAGCGCUACGAGGCCCGCAUCGAGGAGGGGAAGCUCUACUACGACAAACGAUGGUACCACAAGAGCCAGGCCAUCUACCUGGAGUCAAAGGACAACACAAAGAUCAGCUGUGUCAUCAGCUCGGUGGGGACCAAUGAGAUCUGGGUGAGGAAGACGAGCGACAGUACGAAGAUGAGGAUCUACCUGGGACAGUUGCAGAGGGGGGCGUUUGUCAUCCGUCGGCGGUCGGCUGCUUGAAAAAACCCCUCUACCCCCCCCAUUCAUCUGUGCAUCCAUCCAUCCGUUGUCUCCAUAUUCCCCGGAUCUCCUGUUUGGCCUGUUGUUCUUCAUUCUGUUCACUACCCUCCAUUACACACACUCACACACACACACACACACACAAACACACAAAGUGUAACUCAAGAGGUAACUAACUGCUUCCCAGCCUUAUUUGUCACUGUGUGGCUCGCCUGAGACGGCAGUUGGUUGCCCCCCCCCCCCCCCCCUCUCCCUCCCUCCCAACUCGGUCCUCCUUGCAUUUAUCAUUAGGUUAAUGUUCUUCAACGGCAUCACUUUGACCCACAGGAGCGGUCUUCAAGCUUUUUAAAGUAUCCCACCAGUGACGUGUGACAAAGUGAUCGGGGGGGGGAAAGAGAAGAGCUUUGGACGAUCACCAUGACGACCGUGAACGCUGUGACUGAAGGAGUCACAGUUUCCGUGAACCAGAAGUUGCGUCAUUUCUUUUAAACAAAGCCCUUUUUUCCCCGUUGAGAAAUAGCCGCUGAUGGUUUGUCCUGAAAACCCUCUGUAUAAAACCCUUGUUUUUUCUUUUUAAAAAUAAUGUGUUUCUUUUGAUCCUCCUUGAACAAGUUUGACUGAAUUUGCGUUUCGGAGGAAUAAGUUGAUUUGUACUGUCACAUUUUAUUAAAAUGUUUUCUGCAUUUAA